AUGACUGAAGAACCCAUAAAAGACAACCUGGGAUCCCCAAAGUCUCCCACGCCCGUGAUAAUGGAGAAAAGCCCUAAGAGUGAAGUUGUGAUCACCACUGUCCCCUUGGUCAGUGAGGUUCAGCUGAUGGCCGCCACAGGGGGCGCCGAACUCUCCUGCUACCGCUGCAUCAUCCCCUUUGCUGUGGUGGUCUUCAUCGCCGGGAUCGUGGUCACUGCUGUGGCUUACAGCUUCAAUUCUCAUGGUUCCAUCAUCUCCAUCUUCGGCCUGGUCCUUCUGUCCUCUGGACUUUUUUUAUUAGCCUCCAGCGCCUUGUGCUGGAAGGUGAGGCAAAGGAAUAAGAAAGUUAAGAGACGGGAGAGUCAGACAGCUCUGGUGGUAAAUCAGAGAAGCUUGUUUGCAUAA